AUGCAUACAUACAUACAAUGUGUGGAGCGCUAUCUCAGGACCCAGCGCCGAGCCGCCAAAUCGGAUCCGCGGCUCAUAAACCGAGGCGAAUGUCGCAAACAAGCACUGAUAGUGCUCUUCGACCGAGGAUUGCUCUGUCAAGAUCAGUCACACGAUCGAUUGAUUCCUCCAGUCGUUCUCGUCUUGCACACUGCCCAAACCAGAAUAUCUGUGGCGACCACGGUUCAGCGGCUUCGCAAGAAACAGCGUAAUGUUAUGGGCGAGUGGAAUGUGACCUUUUGA